AUGGGUUCCCUGUGGUGGCGUCAUGGGUUCCCUGUGGUGGCGUCAUGGGUUCCCUGUGGUGGGGCAGCAUUGGAUGUGUGGGCUGGGCGUGGUUUGUCCCCCUCCUGGUCAGAUCUCCCUUCUCAUUCCCCUCUCUCCCUCUCAUCUCUCCCCCCUCUCUUCCCCCCCUCUCUGCCCCCCCUCUCUCCCCCAUCUCUCCCCCCUCUCCCUCCCAUCUCUCGCCCAUCUCCCGCCCAUCUCCCGCCCAUCUCCCUCCCAUCUCUCGCCCAUCUCCCGCCCAUCUCCCUCCCAUCUCUCGCCCAUCUCCCGCCCAUCUCCCUCCCAUCUCCCUCCCAUCUCCCGCCCAUCUCCCUCCCAUCUCUCGCCCAUCUCCCGCCCAUCUCCCUCCCAUCUCUCGCCCAUCUCCCGCCCAUCUCCCUCCCAUCUCUCGCCCAUCUCCCUCGAGCGCCCAGCGCCCUCACAGUGCUGGUGGCGGGGUGGGGUGCUGUGUGGUCUGGGCGCGGCUGGGCCCCCCUGAUCACCUCUCCUUUCUCUCCCCCUCCUCUCACUCCUCCCCCUCUACCUCCCCCUUUCUCGCUCUCCCAGAGCCCUUUCAGUGCUGGUGGCGGCGUAGGUGCUGUGUGUGUUCAGUGUUGGUGCUGCUUUGUCUCUCUGAUCGGCCCUCCCUUCUCAUUCCCUUCUCUCCCGCCUCGCGCUCCCCUCUCUUGCCCCUCGCUCACCCAGCGCCCUGGUUCACGAAGCUGCCCCUUGGUUCACUUCACAGUGCUGGUGGCAGCGUGGGUGCUGUGGGCUGGGCGUGGCAGCAUCGCUACUCUACUGGAAGCACUCACAGUACGAGGACUACACACUCAAGCUUACCCCGUUUCCUCUCUCGCCUCCUUCUCACUCCCCCUCCCCAGCGCCCUGGUUCACAGUGUUGGUGGCGGCAUGAGUGCUAUGUGGGCUGGUCGUGGCUGGGCCCCUUUUAUCACCUCUCCUUUCUCUCUCCUCCCCUACUAUCCCAGCGCCCUGGUUCACAGUGCUGGUGGCAGCAUCUCUGCUUUACUGGAAGCACUCGCAGUACGAGGAUCACAGGGAGGAGGCGCUGGGUCCCCCUGGUUCACAGUGCUGGUGGCGGCGUGGGUGCUGUGUGGUCUGGCCGUGGCAGCAUCGCUACUCUACUGGAAGCACUCGCAGUACGAGGAUCACAGGGAGGAGGCGCUGGGCGUGUGGUGCAAGGAGCGCGCCCUCAUGCUGCAGCAGCUCGUGCUCACACAUGUGGGGCAGAUGCAGACACUCACAGGCAUCAUCUCAGUGAUGGGAAGGCUGGGGCAGAGAGGCAAGUGGGAGCUGGACACGUGUUUGAACGGCAGCACGUGGGAGGCGUACCUCACUCGCACCGCCUAUGCUCGCCCCGGGAACACGGGGGCGUCUUCGUGCGUCUUUGUCACGGAUGAGGAGAGGGCUUCUUUCGAGCGACAACACGGCACCAUAAAAGACAACAACAAGAACGUCAGCGCCCACCGCCCCAUUUACUGCCCCAAGAUCCUCGAUUUCUCCACAGUCGUGGUAUCGAAUGGCUCGUGGCAUAUUGAUCUAAUGAAGCGCUUUUCCACGGAGAUUCCACUUGCUGUGGCGGGAAAACCGCUCUACACGUGGCCGUAUCCCAUGAGUACUCCUACCGACCAUGCGGGAUUCGGCUUGGGUUUUCCUCUUCGGCGCACUGUCUCUCCGACCAGUACAAGCAAGGCAGCUGCAUCGACAGUGUAUGGCACGCUUGCUACAUCUGUUGACGUGACAUCCAUCGCACAGAAGGUUCUAGAGGAGCUGUAUACACCUGACUCGUCAAAAUCGUUCGAGAUGUACGAUGUUACAGACCCGUCGUCUCUCUUCGCCAUCGUCUCUCCAGUCCCACCGCACGUCUACUUCCGCCCCAACGACCCUCGCCCCAACAUGCUGCCCUCUCCACUGUCCGAAACUCGCCCCUGGGAGGGACCGGCUGUAGUGCCUCUAGAAGAGCUGGGAGCAGGCGUACGCAAGUAUGAGGGUUGGUGCAGGUACACGCAGCCUCCCAACGCGUGGCAAUCGUGGGGCAUCCCCAUCCUCAUCGCCCUCUUCGCCCUCCUCCUCGUGCUGCUCGUGCUGCUGGCGGCAUGGAUCCAGCGAGCGCAGUUCUUCCAGACGCAGCAGCACAUGGCGGAGGCAGACAGGCUGAGGAAGGAAGCAGAGGACGCAGAGGCGUCUAAGAGCAUGUUUGUGGCGUGCAUGUCUCAUGAGCUGAGGACACCGAUGACGGGCAUAAUUGGCAUGCUCGAUGCUUUGGCAGACAUGACGCUCCAACCCCCUGACCUAUCAGACCUACUCACCGCACGGGGUUGUGCGACGGAUACGUUGCAUCUGGUCAACCGCGUGUUGGACCUGGCGAAGCUGGAGGCAGGCAGGGCAGUGGUGGAUGAGGCGGUGACUGAUGUGCGCCAGUGGCUGCAUGCCACCUUGGACCGCCACGCAGAGGCGGCACGCUCCAAAGGGAUUGAAUUUUGCGACAGUGUCGACGACGACGUUCCCACUUACAUUAUCGCGGACUCGAUGCACCUCUCUAAAGUUCUAAAAGAAAUCACAGACAACGCCGUGAAGUUCACGGAACAAGGCCAUGUGACAGUUCGGGUGUCGCUGGUGCCACUAGGGACAAGUUUGCAAGACGCCCUUCAUUGCCAGGGUCUCUCCACCGCCACCCCUCACGCACCCACGCCUGCUCUCACCAGCUCGGCGGCUGCCUGGAUUCUCUCUACCUUUCGCUGGCUGAAACAUGUCACCACAACACGGGCACUUCCAGCAGCAGCGGCAGCAGCAGCUGCAGAAGCAGAAGCAGCAAGUGCAUCGAGCAACGCACUACGUGGAGCGAGGGAGGGGAGGGGGAAUGCCAGGAGUCCUGAGUGGGAGAAUGGGCAGUGGUUGGGUGUGCUGGUGCUGUCGUGCCGGGAUUCGGGGUGCGGCCUGCCACCGUCUCUGCUCGGAGCUCAAGGCAGCAGGGAGGCGCCGCACUUCUCGCUUGCGGAGUUGCAUGAGGUAGGGAGUGGAUCAGGAGCAUCACUUGGGCUCGUGCUGAUGCAGCAGAUG